AUGGCGCAGUACGCCGCACAGGGGCAGACGGCGUCCACUCAUGACAUGGUGCAUCCCAGCGACUUGAAGAGUAUAGGCAAUGCGCAGGUCGUCAGACGACCUAUAUCUGACGCACAACCUGACUCAGAUUUGGACGAAGGCAUGGACUUCGUCCCCGAGUCGAUAUCGUUUGACGAGGAGCUGAUUGAUUUCCUCGUCGUCUUCGACAACCCCUUCACCCCAUCGCUUUCGACCAAGUUCCAGCAGGAUAUCGCCACCCUUCUCCAGCUCUGGGCUCGCCUUCUGGAACCGGAAAGGAGACAUUCAGCUUGGACAGCGAAUACAAACGCGCUUCAGCAUUCGGGGGUCACCACGUACGGAUACAUCUUCACCGAUCAGCAUGCUGCCGCAACCGACCCUGCCACAGCAGGUUGCAACAUGCUUCCGUAUGCGUACGGCGGCCCUACGCUCACAGUAAGCGACCUGGGAGUCGGAGUGCUGGCUAUGUCCAUGACGGACUAUUGGCUCUCGUUCGCUGUGAGCGUCACGCCUAACGAUAGUGAAGGUCUUCCGAGUGGGUGA